CUUAGGAAUCAUAUUUUAUACUUGAUAGAAAACUACCAGACAGUGGUGAUUGUUGGAGAAACAGGAUGUGGGAAAAGCACGCAGAUUCCUCAGUACCUGGCAGAAGCUGGCUGGACAGCCGAAGGAAGAGUGGUUGGAGUGACCCAGCCUCGCAGAGUGGCUGCUGUGACAGUUGCAGGAAGAGUAGCUGAAGAAAGGGGUGCAGUACUGGGCCAUGAGGUGGGCUACUGCAUCCGAUUUGAUGACUGUACUGACCCGUUGGCUACAAGGAUUAAGUUUCUUACUGAUGGAAUGCUGGUCAGGGAAAUGAUGGUUGAUCCAUUGUUAACAAAAUACAGUGUCAUCAUGUUGGACGAAGCCCAUGAGAGGACCUUGUACACUGACAUUGCCAUUGGCUUGCUCAAGAAGAUUCAAAAAAAGCGGGGAGAUCUUCGACUGAUUGUGGCUUCAGCUACUCUGGAUGCAGAGAAAUUUCAGGAUUUCUUUAAUCAAAAUGAAACCAGUGACCCAACCAGGGAUACAUGUGUGAUUCUUACAGUGGAGGGGCGAACAUUUCCAGUGGAUAUCUUUUAUCUACAAAGUCCUGUUCCAGAUUAUAUCAAAUCAACUGUGGAAACUGUGGUGAAAAUUCACCAGACAGAGGGAGAUGGAGACAUAUUAGCCUUCCUUACUGGCCAGGAAGAAGUAGAAACUGUUGUGUCUAUGCUGAUCGAGCAGGCCCGAGCGCUAGCUCGCACUGGGAUGAAGAAACACCUCCGGGUGCUCCCUAUGUAUGCAGGACUGCCUUCGUUUGAGCAAAUGAAAGUGUUUGAGAGGGUAUCACGCAGUGUGAGGAAGGUGAUAGUGGCCACCAACGUGGCAGAAACCUCCAUUACAAUCAGUGGCAUUGUGUAUGUGAUUGACUGUGGCUUCGUGAAGCUGCGCGCCUACAAUCCCAGGACAGCUAUUGAGUGCUUGGUGGUGGUACCUGUGUCCCAGGCAUCAGCCAACCAGCGAGCAGGACGUGGUGGGCGCAACCGCUCGGGAAAGUGCUAUCGCCUUUACACAGAGGAAGCAUUUGACAAGUUGCCUCAGUCCACCGUUCCUGAGAUGCAGCGCAGCAAUUUGGCCCCUGUCAUUCUGCAGCUGAAAGCACUAGGGAUUGACAAUGUCCUCAGGUUCCACUUCAUGUCGCCCCCUCCAGCACAGUCGAUGGUUCAAGCUUUGGAGUUACUCUAUGCCUUGGGAGGUCUGGACAAAGACUGUCGCCUUACUGAACCCCUUGGCGUGAGAAUAGCAGAGUUUCCUUUGAAUCCCAUGUUUGCCAAAAUGCUGCUUGAAUCAGGAAAUUUUGGCUGUUCUCAGGAAAUUCUAAGCAUUGCAGCCAUGAUGCAGAUCCAGAAUAUCUUUGUGAUCCCUUCAAACCAGAAGUCUCAGGCAAUCCGAAUGCACCGAAAAUUUGCUGUGGAGGAGGGUGAUCACCUUACCAUGCUCAACGUGUAUGAGGCGUUUAUCAAACACAAUAAAAACUCCCAAUGGUGUCAGGAACAUUUCCUGAAUUACAAGGGUCUUGUCAGAGCUUCAACCGUGAGAGAACAGUUGAAAAAGCUGCUUGUCAAAUUUCAGGUACCCAAGAAGUCCAGCGAAGGUGAUCCAGAUCCAGUCCUGAGGUGCAUUGUUUCUGGAUUCUUUGCAAAUGCAGCAAGGUUUCAUUCUACUGGAGCUUAUAGGACCAUCCGCGACGAUCAUGAGCUGCACAUCCACCCGGCAUCAGUCCUGUACACAGAGAAGCCGCCUCGCUGGGUCAUCUACAAUGAAGUUAUACAGACCUCUAAGUAUUACAUGAGAGAUGUGACUGCCAUCGAAUCUGCUUGGCUGUUGGAGCUAGCUCCACACUUUUAUCAACAAGGAACGCACCUGUUCCUGAAAGCCAAGAGGGCCAAGGUCCAGGACCAGUGAGCAAGUGCAGGUGUGGCUGCUGGGGCUGCUUGGUGUCCCCUGCUCCAUGCUGCCCUGGCUGAGCUGGCACAGCUCAUGUGGAACCUGCAGAAGCCCUGGAAUGGGUGCAGCCUGCUUGUUGGCCCCUUUCUUCCUGCUCUCCUCAGCAUUUGCAGUCCUUGCUGGGAUCCCAGAGGAGCCUGCAUGGACAGGCAUCCUGCACUGCACCCAAGCAGAGUGGGAGUGGGCUGGGCUGUGCUCUUGGCUCACUAACCCAGCAUGACACAACAGGUGCACGGGCCUGCCCACCUCCAGGAAGGAGGAGGAAAGUCAGCCUCUCUGAGAGCCAACUUGCGGAUGCACAGUGCGGGUGGAGACAGGGUGUCCUGGGCUGGCUUUGCUUUCCCUGCUGCAGCUAUGGCUGUGUUGUCCAGUGCCAGGCAUGCACAGUGUGUAUCUUUGAAGGCAGGAGGCCUUGGAAACACUGGAGAUUUCCGCCAAGAUCAUGAAGGAUGAUGUCUAUCGGGCACAAGGGCUCCCAAACCAAGCAGCUUCUGUGUCCUCUGCCCGCAUCCCUGCCUAUCUGCAGCCAGUAGACUUUCGAAGGACUGGUGGCCCACGGGAAGGAUUGCACACUUUCCUGGUUCACCAAGGAUCUGUCCUUCCCCAGUGGACUUAGCAUUCUCUCCAAGUACAAUGCAGUGUUCUGGUGCCACUAGCUGAGCACUGGUGAAAAGCUCUUCCACUCUGACCCCAUGGGGGGUGCCUUCUUAGCAGGAAUUCACUCCAGUUUAGAUGCUCUAAACUUCUGUAGCUCAGGAACAUAACUCAGUUAUAUAGUAUUUGUCUUUUGUUUGUCAGCCUGCAUUCUUGCAAGAACACACAGGGCAGCCCUUCCAGCAGGCACUGAUUUGCCCCAGGGCUGCUUUGCUGCUGUGAUGAUUGCAUUUCAGCACAUGAUGAGGCAGAUUCUUCCCCUCACUCUUUCAGUGACAUUUAUUUUAAAUACACGUAGCUUGAAAAUUUAUUUUUGUACUCAUUUUAGUUUGGAUGUGCCACUUUUGGCACCAAACCUGUAUGUCAUUUUUAUUUUCAUUUUAUAAACAUGUAAAUAGUAGUGAUAACUUGUUAAUAAUAGUAAACCUUUAUACCUAAGAUAAAUGUAUUCCCUCCCAUC